CGUAUCCCCUCGGGAGUCAUGUAAUCUGUUCUCGCCAGCCCCGCUACCUCCUAAUAACCCCUGGUGUUUUCUGUCCCUUGUUCUCUUAUUGGCUUGAUAGAGCAGCAUUUGUUGUACGGCGGGCGAUAUAAGGAAGGUGGUAAGCUGCAUCAAUCACUAGUUGAAGAGGAUGGAGUGAGAACUCAACACCAUCAACAUCAGAAGAUCAUUGUGCCAAGCCCUCAACAUGCUUUCCUUUCGCCUUAUCUUCCUCACCACGCUUCUCGUGGUCCUGAUGGGUGCGCUGACCUCCAGUGCCAGAACCACGCGCAAACCUCAAAGCAGCAAGAAGCCCCCCCGAGCUGGUAGCAGCAGCGGUGGAGGUGGGGGUGGGGGUGGAAGACGAACCACGACCACGACCACGUCACCUUACAGCAGCCAGCACACAGAAGAGACAACUGAGGUAAUGAUGGACACUUAUUCCUUGUCACCAACAGACAGUACCACCUACUCUAGCGAAUCCUACUCCACCGAGUUCCACACGGAUGCCAUAGCGCCUCCCGGGAACACCGACGGAAACUAUACCCUCGACUACAAUGAGUGCUUCUUCAACAUGUGUGAGUGCUGUCCACCAGAGAGAGGCCCUGUUGGGCCCGUCGGAGAGAGAGGGCCACCAGGUCCGCUGGGAGAAAGGGGCCCUCCUGGGUUGCCAGGAGUGAAUGGAGAAAUAGGGCCCAGAGGUCCUCUAGGAGCAGCAGGACUACCCGGAGCCAACGGACUCAAUGGUGACAUAGGUGAAAAAGGUGAUCAAGGACCUGUGGGUCUUUCUGGUAUCCCCGGGGUCCCAGGAACACCAGGAGAAAAAGGUGACCCUGGCCCCAGAGGAGAGAAAGGUGAACGUGGCUUCAUUGGUCUGAAAGGGGACCUGGGAGAAAGUGGAAGGCCUGGCAUGAAUGGGACCAAGGGCAGCACUGGGGACGAGGGGCCUAUGGGUCCCCCAGGUAUAGUUGGGACAAAGGGUCAGAAAGGUGAACAAGGACCUACAGGCGAGUGUUUACCGGGUGAGAAAGGAGGGAAAGGUGAUUUGGGGGAACGUGGGCCCCCUGGUCUUAGUGGAGAGAAGGGCCCCCCAGGAGUGAAUGGAACUGAUGGUGCAAACGGAGAGAGAGGAGACCCAGGGCCUCCAGGAGGGAAGGGGGAUGUUGGGGCGAGAGGGCCCCCAGGACCUCUAGGUGGGAGGGGUAUGGCAGGGCUUAGGGGGGAGAGGGGGCCCAAAGGUGGGCGUGGACCUCGUGGCCCUAAAGGCCAACCAGGUGAGAGUGUGGAGCAGGUUCGCUCUGCCUUCAGCGUGGGCUUGUUCCCCAGCAGGUCCUUCCCUCCGCCUGGUGUACCUGUGAAGUUUGAUAAGGUCUUUUAUAACGGCGAGGGGCACUGGGACACAGCGGCUAACAAGUUCAAUGCCACCUACCCAGGGGUCUACUUAUUUACUUACCACAUCACUGUGCGCAACCGGCCUGUGCGCACUGCCCUGGUGGUGAAUGGGCUGCGGAAGCUGCGCACUCGGGACUCCCUCUAUGGCCAAGACAUCGACCAGGCGUCCAACCUCGUACUGCUGCCGCUGAGCGAGGGCGACCAGGUGUGGCUGGAGACGCUGCGAGACUGGAAUGGAAUCUAUUCCAGCAGCGAGGAUGACAGCACGUUCUCCGGCUUCUUGCUUUACCCAGAUUCAAAGACCAAACCUGUUGCCGUAGAAAACCUGUGACUGCAACCUUUGACCUUUAAUGACUUCCGACUAAAACUUCCUGUAGAUGCUGCACAGCCUUCAGCCUGCUGCACUGCCCUGUCAAAUUAACACAACAUUCAGCCAAACUCUGCUGCUUCAGUAUCUGCUUGCUGCCGUCGCGCCUGUCAAACCGAAUGCUCUGCUUGCCCUUCUAUAUUCAGAGAUGGAUGAGGCUUGAUUAUACGGCUGUGUGCGACACUUAACAAUGCAUUAAAAAUGA